AUGCAUAGUAUAAUUUGUAUGUGGUAUUUAACAGAUUAUGAGGGUAAUUACGCUUUAAAGAUAGAGAACGUGAAAAAAUAUGUCAAUGAUAGCGAUGAAAUUACAAAAUGGAUUACUGUCCGAUAUUACACAUUGAAACAGAGCAAGUUCUUGGAAAAUAUUACGCUUUUAAAAUGUCUGCCUCCUUCUUUAUCACAAGACAUCGAUUACGAUUUGAAUUGUGGACUAUUACAUAGAUCCCUAUUACUUAACAAUCUACCAGAAUAUGUACUGAGGAAGAUCUCUUCAGCUAUGAAAACAAUUAUAUUGCCUGCCGGUGAAAGCGUUUAUUACCAAUUUGUUGUGAAAAGUUGUAUGGUCUGUAUAGAAAAUGGAAUUUUAAAAGUUCUCAGUAAUGAGGACGAAGAAAGUCCUAUAGUUUACUUUCGGAAAGGGACAAUUUUAGGAGAAACAGCUUUAUUUUUAAAUAUACCGUCGAAAGCAACGGUAACGGCAGCAGAAAACACUGAAUUAAGAGUUUUAGAAAAGCAAGAUUUCAUGAAUGUUAUGUCGCAUUUCCCAUACUAUCUCAAACAAUUACAAACUAUUAUAAAACUACGACUAUUUGCAAUAAAUCAACGAGGAAAGAAUUCGAAAAAUCGUAUUUCCAGUUUAAAAAAAAUUAAAGAACAGCUUUAUGACUAUGCAAAUAAUGAGAAUUUUGGAUGUUUCCAUGAAUUAUAUAAAUUGCAUUCGCCUAUUUACCGAAAUGUUAUUUCGGACGAAACAGUUCUGUGGUUGAUUGAAAAAGAAGUAAAAUGUUGGCUGCUUCCAAAUAACGAGAUAUUAUACCCAUACGGCGAUCCAACAAGAACAAUGUUCAUAAUACAAGAAGGUUUCUGCAAAAUGUAUGACUCAAACCAUACAUUAGAAUGUACUGUAGGUCCUGGUAAACAUUUAGGACUUUUGGAAACGAUCUAUUGUUUACCAAAGAAACAUACAGUUAUCGCAUCCACCGAUUGUAAAUUGAUAUGCAUAGAGUAUGCAAUAUUAGAUCGAAUCUUAAGGAUUUUUCCCAAAGAAUUAUAUUUUUUGGAGAAAACAAAAUAUGAUAACCAGAUUAUAGAAAGAGUAGAAAAAUUAGAAUUGAUCGAAGUCGAGCCCCAAGUGAUUGAAGAAACAGAAGUAGAAGAAGCUGUACUGAUCAGUUUACAAGCAGUUGUUCUGAUAUUGGUAAUCAGUUUGCCUCCCUUUGCUUACGAAAUUAAUUGGAUUGAAUUUGCUUCUCAACUAUCAUUAUAUCUUGAUAUGUACUUGAGCCUUCACAUGGGAUACUACGACGGCAAUGGAAUGCUAAAAGUACAUCCAGCUUAUACAGCCUGUGUUGGAAUAAGUUAUAUAUGUCAAUAUAAAUUGGAUCAAAAUAUUUCAAAUACAAUAUUCGUGAAUGAAGAUGGAGUUCCUAUCACAGGCAUUAUUCAUUGUCAUUCUGGAUUUUUGAAAGAAGCUUGGAUGAACGAUACGUUCCCAGAUGUAAACGAAAUCUACACAACUGGAAUUUACUUUAUUACGAACUUAGUAACAAGCACUGGUAUUGGUGAUAUCAUAGCUACUACACAUUUUAUGAAAAUUGGGACGAGCUUUAUCAUAAUAAUUGGAUUCUUUUUAUUUACGAUUAUCACAGUUGUGAUAUGCGUUGUUGUAAUGACCGAAGCAGAAGAAACUCUAAACUUUCGUGAAAAUGUGAAUAACUUGUCUAGGUUUUUGGACAAAAAUAAUAUUCAUUUUGCAUUGAAGACACAGGUAAUGAAUCAAUUUGAUUUGAUUUGGAAUCGGUCAAAAGGUUUUAAUAUAAAUGCUCACGAAAAUGUCUACAACGAGGCAUAUUUUGGAGACGUACUUUUAAUGCAAAGGAAUAGAGUACUACAAAACAGCAUACCCAUUUUUCCUAAUUUGGGUGAGAACUAUUUGAAGAUUAUAUUCGGACAUUUUAAAGUGAUUUUCAUUCAAAAAGGUGCUGCCAAAGAAGACAUCGAUGAAUUAGAAUCUGACGAAGAAUCAUCCAUGAGACGACCUUCAAGCAUGUUUUUGUCCAAGUACACAGCUUUUCAACUACUUAUUCCAACUAAAUGGAUGAAAUUCACGAUUCAAACAGAUCAUAAAAUUUUUAAAGUAACGGAUUUCCUCACUUUUAUUGCAAGUUUAAUAAAUAUUUAUAUCAUCCCCUUCAUAUUCACCACACAGUAUAACGGGGCUUUAGGAUACAUUUACAUGGGCUUGGAACCAAUAUUUAUUUUUCGAAUUUUCCUAAAACUUCAUAAAGCUCACAUCAACUAUUACGGAAACCUAAUAUCGACUAACUCAAAAAUUUGGCAGAAAUAUUUGAACAAACCAAUGGAUAUGUUCUGGGAUAUUGUUCCCAACCUACCUGUGGAGUUAAUUUGGUUCACUUUUCCAAUAGAGGAUAGGCUGUUUUAUUUCAGCUGCUUCAGGCUUUUCCAUUUAUUGCGGUUUUAUUAUAUCACUAAAUAUUUAAAUUCGCAUCUCAAAAAGUUUAGAAGGAAAACGUGCUGGUAUUUAAUAAAUCUGUUGAUUCAUUACAGUAUUUUAGUACACUAUUUGGCUUGUAUAUGGUUUAUGUUGGCCUGUCCCUUUAAUAAAUGCAGUAAUAACUCAUGGCUGAAACAUUUUAAUCAAGAGAACUUCGAACAAUAUAAGUUACUAUUAUCUUACUACUAUGUACUUAAUAUUCUCACUACAACUGGUAUUGGAGAUGUAAGUCCGGUAACUUACUGGGAAAUGGUCUUCACCUUGAUAACUUUACUGAUAGGGAAAAUUGCAUUAGCAUUGGCUAUAGAUUAUCCUUUGAAAAAAACAUGUUUAUACCUAAGAAAUUUGUGGAGUUAUUCCGAAGGGUACAUUGAAUGGAAAAUUUUGGAGAAUUUGUCAUUUCCUUUACAACAAGACCUUACCGGUGCUCUUUAUGGUAGGCAAUUGAGGGAAACAUUUCUAUUCAAGGAUGUAGACCAAAGUCUUUUGUUACAAAUUUGCACCAAAUUAAAACGAACUAUAUACUUCAAAGAUGAUUACAUUGUUAAAACAGGUGAAGUUAAUUCCACCAUGUACUUUAUCUGCAAAGGCGAUGUUAGUGUUAUUUCAAAACAUGGAGAUCACUUAGAAACAAAACAUAUUGAACUUCAUACUAAAGAUAUAUUUGGCGUGUCUCAAGGAUUGAACCUCGAGGAAUACCACAAUUUCUCUUAUAGAACAUUAACUCCAGUAGCAGAAGUACUAACUUUAAAAUAUGAUGAUUGGUCGUAUUUGUUGCAAUUUUUUCCACGCGAGAAAAAACAGAUAUUUAAUAGAGUGAAUAAAGAGUAUAAGUUUAAAUAA